AUGUAUACUAAACUAUUAAAAGAGAUCUUACUCAAAUUAGACUAUGAUGAACAUCAACGAAAACAUUUAGCAGAUUUAUCUCGUCAUUUUUAUGGUACUGAAAUGAACGUAUUAAAAAUGAUUGAUGAAUUCGAACGGAACUAUGACAGCAAUGCAUCCAUCUGGUGGUAUACACGUUGGUGUUUCCUUUACCAGAUGCUUAAUCGAGCUUUAAGAUUAGAAGAUGUUGAGACUGUAAUUACCAUGGGUUUUUUUCUACGUGAUCUUCAUCAAAAGAUUAAAGAACUACAAUCAAAAUCUGAUCAACAAGAAUCUUUUAUCGUCUAUCGAGGUCAAGCCAUGACUAAUUAUGAUUUCGAGAAGUUACGCGAAUGUAAAGGUGGUUUAUUUUCAUUUAAUAAUUUUUUAUCGACAAGUAUAGAUAAGCAAGUUUCUCUUAUGUAUGCGGAGAGUAAUGCAGAUAACCCAGAUAUGAAAGGCGUUCUUUUCGUAAUGAAAAUCGAUACAAUAAAUGCAACAAUACCAUUUAUUUCUCUCGAUGAUAUCAGUUAUUAUCCAGAAGAAAAGGAAAUUCUCUUCUCGAUGCACUCAGUUUUUCGCAUUGGUGACAUAAAAAAGAUUGAGAAUGAAGUAUGGCAAGUAGACUUGACACUAACAAGUGAUGAUGAUCAACAGCUUAAGAUUCUCACUGAAUAUAUGAGAGAAGAUUUAGGUGGAGGAACCCCAUGGCAACAAUUAGGUCAUUUGAUGUACAAAAUGGGACAAUUUAAAAAGGGCGAAGAAAUCUAUAAAAUGUUACUCGAUAUUACAUCUGUCAAUGACGAGAAUGAAAUUACUAUUCUCUAUCACAUGCUUGGAAUUUUGAAACAUAAGAAAGGUGAUUUUAAACAGGCUCUAUCGUUCUAUCAAAGUGUACUUGAAAUUCGACAAAAUACUGUCUCGCCCAAUCAUCCUAGUUUGGCUACUCUAUAUAGCAAUAUAAGCUCUGCAUACCAUAAUAUGGGAGAAUACUCGGCUGCACUUACUAACUAUAAAAAAGCGCUUGACAUCGUUCAAAACUCUCAGCCAGUGAAUCAUGCCGAACUGGCUACUAUCUACAGUAACAUUGGUGUAACGUAUCGUAACAUGGGAGAAUACUCAAAUGCACUCUGGAACUAUCGAGAGGCGCUUAAAAUAAGACAAAAACAUCUUCCAUUGAAACAUCCAGAAUUAGCUCAUGUUUACAUCAAUAUUGGUGCCGUCUAUGGCGAUGUGGGAAACUACACCGAUUCAUUAGAAAAUCAUGAAAAAGCGGUUGAAAUUUUAAAAAAAUCUCUCCCUUCGAACCAUCCUGAUCUAGCUAUAGCUUAUAGUAGCCUUGGCUCAAUCUGUUUCAGAAUAGGUAAGCAUACCGAUGCCAUCCAAAAUUAUAAAGAAGCGCUUAAAAUCCUUGAAAUACCCGACUUUUUGGAUCAUCCUGAUUUGGCUAUUCUCUACAAUAAUAUUGGUGCCGGGUGUUUCGUGAUUGGGGAUUAUUUGGGUGCACUCUCACAUUAUGAAAAAGUGCUUGAAA